UACGGUGCGGUUCACGCGUUGCAGCGCUACUGGUUUGCUCUUCAUUCUUCGUACUGUUACUGUUGCGCAACGAGAAGCGCGCAGCGUCUCAGUGUGUGCAGAAAGGCACAAGUGCAUUCGUAACACGAUGUAUCGCUGAAAAAAGUUCAAAUAUCUCGCGAGUUACAUUAUUUUCAUGAAAAUUAUAAGAAAACAAUUUUGUAAUCGUAAUACAAUAGUGGAAUAACUUUAAAACAACGAAACAACGACGGAUAACCGACGAUUUUUGAGAAACGUUACUUAGCUGACUCAAACAAAAUGGCGACCCUCCUUUUCUUGGCGGUACUGUUUACUUGACCGUGAACGUUAUGUUUCUCAUAAAGUGUGGCAUCAAAGGUGUUGUGUAUUUAAUUUUUUACUGUCGGUUAAUAUAAAUUUAGUAUCAGAAUUUUUAAUGAUCCGCGCAUUGUUUGUAAUCUCGAAAACAUUGCAAUCCUGUAUUCAUAAAAUAGGUAAUAACGCGACAAGCGUGCACGGCACGGCACGACACGACACGACACGACACUGUAUAACACGUAUUUUAUCUUUCAUCGUCGUAUUUUUCUCUCUAGUGUCUCGUAAUAUUUUGAAUGGAUCUCACGAAACUCGGUGUGUUCGAUAUGUAUCGAUACAAUUCCCGGCGUCUACUAUACAAGAACGAAGCAUGAUUUUUAUAUAGCGAGGAACGUGCUUAAUUAAACAGAACUUUUAUCUACUUGUUCCGAUACUCUCGAUGCCCAUUCGAACGUCGCUGUUCCCUUUUAAGGGUACUCAUAACCUUUCUUUCAUCGGUACACGUUCUUCUCGGAAGACGGGCACGUUACAGUCCUUACCUUUGACGCGACGACGGCCCGAUUGAAAACAAACACCACGACCUUUUCCCCUAGGUUAAAGAAAAAUGUCUAGCUCGUAUGUUAUCGAACCACGUGAGUGUGGAUCAGAAAAAAAGGACGAUACAUUGAUUAUCAUUGUCAAUGAUGAUGGUACAAUAUCUGUGGAUCAAGAAACUUUACAAAGUUUAAUCAUGAAUCAAUCCAAUGCAAAUGUUAGCGUUGUUAGGGUAGGGCAGGCUGAGUCAGACGCAGAAACUGGAGAUAUCACAUUGACUGUAGAUCCUCCGCCAUUUACACCUGCAAUCAAUUCUGGAACUACAACGACCGAUGCGAGCAGUUUGGUUGAUCCUUUCAUGGAAAUGGAUCCAGAACAAUUAGAAAGAUUAGAGACAGCCUUACAAAGCGAAGAAGCAAAACAGAUUCUUGGAGAGAAUGUUACCGCAAUGCUUGAUAUGUUAACAGUAGAAGAACAACAGAAUUCUAUAAGGUAUAGCAUUAAAUUGGAUCACUGUUAUACGAGUAGAUUAUCACCUUCUGAUCCAAAACCAAAGGAUCCGCUGCCUGUUAUCGAUUCACCUACCUCUGACGAUGGUUCGCAACAAUAUGUACGUCAACUUUCGCCCGUUCCUGGAACCUCUAAAACAUCCUCGCCAGUUGGCGAAGUUGAGAAUACAGUUGCGUUAAAACCGAAGACUACCGUAAAAACUGGUAAACCUGUGGGUCGUCCCCGGAAGAAUACCACGUCGGUUUCCUUACCUGCUUCAAAUAGUAUAAGAACCUCCGUUGGUAUAACGAGUACACCUAAAUCAGUCAGGCAUCCGAUGUCGAGAAAUUUAGCAAACGUAGUUCAUCCGAAUAGUGGAAAACAACAAGACAAGUCUAACGAUGAGAACGAAGAAGAAUCUUCAUCCUCUGAGUCAUCCGAAUCGGAACCACCGUCUGAUAACGACUCAGAUUUCGGUCCACGAGGGCCUAGAAGAGGGGGUAUACGUGCUAGAGGUGGUAGGAAAGGUCUUACUACUAGAGGAGGAAGCAUGGCAGCAACUCGUAGAAGAGGUCCAAACAAACACAUGGACAUGGAGCAAGUUCGUCGAUUAGAUAUGGAAAUGGCUGCUGCCGUUAAUGCUAUGAAGAGUCCUGAGAAAGAUGACAAGUCAGGAGGGUUUGGUCUUGUUAAAGGUAAAAGACAACUUAAAUCGGCUAUCGGACGCAAGAAAGAAGAUUUACAACGCGUCGACUCGUCUUCGGCUGCGAACGAGGAAAUCUCGGUGAACUUCGAUAAACCGUUACAAACUACGAAUCAAGUUAAAGCGAAUUUGAUAAACGCCAACAUGAUCAAAGGUGACAUGAUUCUAACGAAACCUGGCCAGGGAAGAAGCAAUCAGAAAGUAACUUUCGUGCAGAAACAAGUGCUCAUGAAGUCUAAUGAUCUGAAAAAUCUUGACGUAAAGAAGCAAAUGAUGCUUCCAAAGGGAAAAUUUUUGAGCCAAGCCGGAACGAAAUUCUAUGCGACCAAAGAUGGAAAGUUAGUUCAAAUUCCUGUAGCUACUAAAAGUAUAACGUCGAACGUACCAGUUGCACAAAUAAAAGGAACGAUACCACAAGUGUCUCCGGCACCACAGCCUAACGCCAUACAGAGCGAAACAUCACAAAUACAACCACAGCAGCAGCAGCAGCAGCAACAACAGCAACAGUUGGUAAAAGUGACUUCGCCCAGUGCCGUACCAAAACUAAAAUCUUACGAGGUAAAAAAAGAGAAAAGGAAAUCAGAAAGCUUGGAAGCUGUUAUCAAAACGGAAGUCGAGUCUGUAAAACCAGUGGAAAACAAAGUAUUCGAUGGCGCGAAAAAACAUCCGAAGAAAGAAAAUCGCAAAUCGCCAGGAUAUACGGCAGACGCUUUAGGCCCAGCGCUAUUCUCCACUCCGGAUAUUAUUCGACGCGUCGGUUCGAACGGCGGCGAUUCGAAAAUUCAGGAAAACGUUGUGACGUCUUUGAUUUCAACCACACCGCCCGCAGUUGUUGCUUCUUCCGGAAGUGGAGGUUCUAUCCCACAAUUUACGCAAUCGCCAUCAUCGACGUUGACUUCGCCGGUGUCGUCGAGCCAAUUAGGUACUACUUCGACGCCUUCCGAACGCGUUGGUACGCAUUCGGAAACUCCUGUAACGGUGGAAAAGCGAGAAAACGGUGAUUCCUUGGUGCAAUACAAUGAAAUCGAAUCUAAGCCGGCUAUAAAGCCUAACGUAACAGAAGAGUUACAACCAGCUUUGGAUUCGAGCAGUAUAGAAGGCGAGGAACAUUUAUUAGCUACCUUAGAAAUGGAGGCAAGUAAGCACGAAGAAGAAUUACUUGCAGAAGCGUUGUUAUUACAAGAGGAACUUGGAGUUGAUUUAGCUGAGAAUACUACGCUCGUUGAACAAGGGGGAGGCGUGGUAGCGAGCGAAGCAUUGGCUUCGAAUAAUAUCCUUAUCUCUCCUCUGAUUACAUCCGAGGAAAACGAGGUUAAAUCGUCAGACAGUAGUGCAAUUGUAACGAGCGUGCCGAAUGCAACAACGAUCGUCGCUGCAACGGGAACAGUUGCAACCGUAGCUAGGGAAACGAAACGGAAAACCACUUUGAAAGACGAGAAGGAGCCUAUUCAGAUCGUUCGCGGUGGACGCGUAAUUACUUUACCCCCUAUCGAGGCACCGGCAACUAGAAGUAAACGAUUGCAAACGAAACCUGAACCCGUUCAGAAAACCUACGAGGCUGUUAAACGAACGGACAAGUUUAGUUUGAUAACUGUACAAUCCAGGCCGCAAUCUGUAAAAAAUGAAAUUCAUUCGAACGUAGACCAAGGUGGAAGAAACGAGAAUGAAGUUAGAGCAGAGGAGGAGGAGGAGGAGGAGGAGGAACGAGCAGAAGAGGAGGAAGAAGAGGAGGCUCCAAACGAGGAGGAGGAGGAGGAUGUAGAGAACAUAGACGAGGAACAGAAACGAAAGCAAAUUGGCGAGGACGAUGAUGAAGAGGAGGAGGAAGAAGAAGAGGAAGACAAUUCAGAUUCGGAAGACGAUCCCGACAGGCUGUGGUGUAUAUGCAAGCGGCCUCAUAACAAUCGUUUCAUGAUUUGUUGCGACGUAUGCGAGGAUUGGUUCCACGGGAAAUGUGUGCACGUCAGCAAAGCCAUGGGACAACAAAUGGAGGAAAAGGGGAUUGAAUGGGUUUGCCCGAAUUGCGCGAAAAAGAAAAGCGAGGAGGUAAAGAACAAAACGAAUGUACCAAGUAUCCCUGGAAAGCAGCGGAUUCAAUCGGAUCCUGCGAUCGAUGAUUCGGUUCCUUCGAAAAGUCUCGCCUCUCUUGGUCAAACGUCGUCCGUUAGCGGAGAAACGUCUUUGAUUGCUUCCGGUGUCGAUUACAAUAGCGUUAAAUAUUCCAGCGGUAUGCAGUGCGUCGUUUGUAAGAAAGAAGCAAGAAAUUCUAGCAUUUAUUGUUCCGACGCGUGCAUACUCGCGCACGCCCAAGAAACAUUGACCAAAGAUAAGCCAGUAGCAGGACCAGCGGCGAGUCCGAAAGGUGUCAGAUCAUCGCCGUUCGAUUCAGCUUCGAAGUUGAAAGCCGACGCUAGAGUGAUUGUUUUUGAGAGGAAAACGGGGAGAGUGUUAGCCGGAGCCGAUGCUCCGACGAGAUCAAAUUUACGUACGUGGUUAAAAGAGAACCCUACGUUCGAGGUGGUCGGAGCAAAUAAUCUAAGUUCAUUGCAAAUAGGAAAAGCGAUUACGACUAUUCAACCGCAGGCACCUGGUAGACCGGGCAAACCAACCAUGAUAGCAGCUGGAAGGGGACAAAAUUUACCAAGGAUGACGUACACUAAAGUGCCUGGUUCGAAACAAAUGAUAUUAACAGCAGGGAACAAAAAAUUCACAGUCAUUUCUGGGGGCCAUCAACAGCAACAAGAACAACAGCAGCAGCAACAGCAGCUAACACAGCCAUCAAACACAAAGUCAGUACAAUUGAAGCAAACUUUACUGACUCAGCCAAACAAAGGUCCUCUGUUGUUUAAAACUACGACGCCGAAGAUGCUCACUCCCACGCACGCCAAACAGCCGAGUAUACCAUCUCCGAAGCAAACGCCAAUCGUUAAGAAACCUGAAGUGAAGCAGCCGAAUUUGCAAUUAAAACAACAGGUUAAACCAAGCCCGCCUAGAAAGCCUGAACCCGAACCGAUAAGAUUGAACAUACGAAAAACAUUGACGGAAUUAUUAUCUAGCCGUAUAAAGGAGACGGAUGAUCUGAAACUAACCGACGAGGAGAUCGCUGAGUUGGCUUACAACAUCGAGCUGGAGAUGUAUAAAUACUUCAAAGACACCGGAGCAAAAUAUAAGGCCAAGUACAGGAGUCUCGUGUUCAAUAUAAAGGACACGAAGAACUUGACGUUGUUCAGAAAAAUAGCUGAUAGAUCCUUAACUCCGGACGCGGUGGUAAGAUUAAGUCCCGACGAGAUGGCCAGCCAGGAAUUGGCCGAGUGGCGUGAAAAAGAAACGAAACAUCAGCUGGAGAUGAUCAAGAAGAACGAAUUAGAUUUAAUGGCUCAGGCUAAAUCCAUCGUGGUCAAAACGCACAAAGGUGAACAGAUAAUAGAAAACGACGGAGGUAUCGAUCGGGUUGAUCCAAAAACUCCUGUGCAAGAUAUAGUGACAGCGUUGAACAGCGCCGAUAGUAUAAGCUCGACGGUGGAUGACAUUGAAAAAGAGUUGGAUAAAUUGACCGAGGAGGAAAGAUCAAGGCUCAAGGAGGAUGGCAAGAAGAUGAAAGGUUUCGAUGAUAAAAGGAGGAAAGAUAAAGACAAGGAGAAGGAGAAGGAGAAAGAUAGAGGCAGGGAAAAGGAGAGGGAUAGAGAAAAAGAAAGGGGGAGAGAUAAAGAUGGUCGUUCGAAAAACAGACGCGGGAGGAGUACCAGCAGGAGUAGACGCAAACACAGCAGGGAGGAUAGAGAGCGGAGUAAAACCAGAGAAAAGAGUCGGGAAAGAAAGUCGAGAGACAAAGAUGGUAAACGCGAAAGGGAUCGCGACAAGGAACGGGAUCGAGACAGAGGUCGAGAACGCUCCAGAACAAGGGAUAGGGAAAAAUCUAAGACCCGCGAUAAAACCGGCAAGGAUAGAGGUAAACAGAAGGAUAAAGAAAGGGAGAAGGAAAGAGAACGCCAUAGAAACAGCGAUGGCAAUGCGAGGAACCGUGUUGGGUAUGAAUCAAAGGACCUUGAUAAAAGGGAGGAAGAAAGGAAGAGAGAUACGGAGAGGAAAGAUGAUUUAUCAGGUUCAACGACAUCUUUGGCGGAGAAACCUAUCGAGGAUCGCCUUUGGCGUCACAUAGAAGACGAGACAACGACCAAUACCAUCGAUGGAAACGAUUCCGACGUCUCUGACAGGGAACCGACUUCUACGGUCACCAUUAAAACCCCGGACAUCAACGAGGAGGUCGAGAGAGAAAGGGAACCAGAACCGAGUCCCGUCGAAAGAGAGACUCCUUCCAAAGGUGGUUGGCAAACCGUUUGGAGGGGUUUCGUGAACAUGGUGGAUGUCGCCAAGUUCUUCAUCACCGCUCAGGAAGUGAGCGGGCACGCUAAGGAUCUGAUGGACGAUCUCCCGGACACCGUGGACGUCGUCGGUAGAAUAAGCCACGAAACCGUUUGGGAUUACAUCUCGAAGAUGAAGAAGACCGGUUCCAAGGAGAUUUUGGUAAUCCGGCUUACAGCAGCCAACGACGAGGAGAAGAUACCGUACAUAACUCUGUACAGUUAUCUAAACAGCAGAAGUCGACUCGGGGUAGUUGGGAACGUAUCGAAGAAUAUCAAAGACUUUUAUAUAAUGCCAUUUUCCAGUCAGAGCACGAUACCGCCGGUUCUAUUGCCGUUGAACGGUCCCGGUUUCGAGGAACACAGGCCGCAUCUCCUUUUAGGUAUCAUUGUUCGUAACAAGAGGAAACGUCUGGCGGGUAUCGCGCCGUCGGCGGUGCCGAUGAAGUUGUCGAAGAAGGAUACCGAUCGGAGUUACACGCCACCGUUGAUCAGUGUCUCGAAGGAUAAGACCGGUAGCUGUAACGCGGCCUCCGCCGUCACGUGUCCGACCACGUCGACGAGCGUGGCUUCAACUUGCGCGGCGACGAUGAUAGCCGGGGCAGUUACUGCUACGACCACGGCGGCCGUUACAUAUCAGAAAACGUGCGGUGCGAGCGAGUCUGCGAAAGAGAAACAUCUUGUCACGCAAACUACUCUUGAUAAUUUGAACAAAGCGCAUAUAGGAAUGUCCAGAAGCACGUUACUAGACACCGCGGCCAUAUGUAAAAUCGUUCCCGAAUUGUCGUCGAAGAUCGACCUAACCUCUUCGCCUGGUAAAGCGCCCCUCGACGACGACGGUGACGAGCCGUACAGCCCUGGUCAAAUGGACGAACAAGAGAUAGAUCUUGAUCUACGAACAUCGGCGGCGGCGGCAACAAUAUCGAUGUCCGCCUCAAUGGGUAUCGAUACGACCACGGUAAUCGAUAACAGUAUUAUUUCGUCAAGUAAAAGUUCCAACGAUCUCCAGCGAAAGAUGGAGGAACUAAAUAGACAGAUCGAGGAACAGAAGCAACAAAUACAAAGCAUUAGCUCGUCGUUUCUCGGUGAAUCAACGUCUACUUUGCCGGGCUUAGGGCUGGACCCGCCGGUGACCAGCGACGAAGGCGAGGAAGCGUACAGCCCUUCCGACACAAGGUCGUUCACGCCGCCUCCGCCAUCGGGGAUUUCGAAAUUUACGCAACCGAUUCUCGAGAAAGUAUCGAACAUAACGAUACCACCGAAUCUGCAAGAAAUUCUGGCGAACGUGAAACGCCAGGAGAGUUCGAAAGUGGAUCCAUACCUACCGUCUAAGCCCAGUGCCACAUUUCUAACCACCGUCAAUUCGUCGGUUUAUCAGAACUCUGAGAAAUAUUCAUCACCGUCUCCCUCGAAGAUCUCCGUCAGUGGAUCAUCCAGCAAGUCGAGCAACGAGAAGUCACCGUUCGAUGUGACUAAUCAUCGGGAAUCUGUUUCAAAGGAGAAAGAGAGGGAAAAGGAGAAGGAAAGUAAGAGCACUCUAAGCUCGUUGAGCGACUUGGACUUAAUUAGAAAAGCGGAGGAAGAAUUGGCGGCCGUUGCUGCCGCCUCGGCGGCAUCGGCAGCGACCUCCGAUAGCAGCGGAUCGGACAGUAAUUCCCAGUCAUCUUUACCUACAACCACCGCGUCGCUUCCAACGAUCAUGGGUGGUUCCUCGCCAACUGUGAUGCCAGUGUCCACUGCGGGUAUCUCCAGUUUAAUUCCAGACACCUCUUCACCUCCUCCUCCUCUUCCAUCGUCGCUUCCUCCACCUCCGCCCAUUCUUCCUCUUCCCGUUCCUCUUCCCGUGCCUCAUCCUCUUUCCAUAUCUCCACGCGAGGGGAAUUCGUACAAGAGUCCCUUUUCAGAACCUUUCAAACGAAACAUAACACCGGAACAACCGAAACCUCCCGGCCUCGAGGACGAAGACUUCCCUCCAUUCCCAUCCACGCCCCCAAACGUGGAUAACAACGGGUCCAAGUCGAUGGGAUCGCGCUCGAAGUUCGUUCCAAAGAGUGGAAUCGUGAUGAGCGUUAAACGAAAACUUAGCGACGAGGCAAACAGCCCCGCGUCUUCUUCCAGUCCCACUAAAUCGUCGAGAGUUAAGUCCCGAUGGGGCCAGGGACCUUCGGAGUCGGGCGAUUAGCUGUUCUUCAUCGAUUAGACAAAGGUGUAUUCUUCUGCGAAACAUUGAAAUUGUUACACGUUCCACGUGUACCAGCCGGCGUUAUUCUUUGUAAGAUUAUUCGUCGACACCUGGACAAGCGCAUCGUACAAGCUUUCCAACCAUUUUGGGUCGCGAUGCGCACGCCAUCGGAGUAUACCGAAGAAAAAUAGGAGAAAAGACUUGUCGACGCGCGAGAUCACUUUGUAAAUACCAAAGCGAGGAGAAAGAACGCUCUUUGUUGUUCAUCGCGCCUAUCGCUACUUCUGUACAUAGUUUUAUCGAAAAUUCUGUAAUAUAUUGUUUAAAUUCCUUCGAAAGAUCAAGAAAUGAUGUGAUACGCGGUUAAUCCUCGUUACGUCUACUACCACCAAUGUAUAUAGGAUAAGUAGUUACAAGGGUCUACGAACGACCAGUCUCGAUCAGGAUCGUUUUUAUUUGUUCAAUGAGCACGUAUGUACAUUUGCUUGCGCGACACUGAUUUGUACACCGUGUAUCUUAAUUAUUCGUGAAUAUAAGACAAUUACAUUUGCAAUCGUUCAUUGGACAAACAAACGUUUGUACACCAACAGUGUAAUCGUUAGAUUCUUUGACGCGUAAACCCGUUAAAUCGUUUAAGGUACAAUUAUACGACCUGUUAGGACGAUGUAACGAUCCUUUAUAUUUUUUUUUUUUUUUUUUUAUUUAGAAUUCGAGAUCGGAAAAAACUAACCAAAAAUUGGAUCUCUCGCUUUUCAUUUCUUCAGCAAUUUAAGUUUAUACGAAUACAUACUGUCUUGUUGCGUCACACGUUCUUUGCACGUUGCUGCACAUUGGAUCUAAGAUCAUUAUUAUUAUAAUUA